GUUCAACCUAGUUUUCAUUUCUGUGCGAAGCACGCAGGAUGUGUUCGUGAUUCUUUUCAUUUUUCUUAGCGAAAUCGGAGUUUUGUGUAUGAAGGUUGUAUUCUAUCAUGUCGUCUAAAAGAAAACGAGAAGAAGGUGAUGAGGUGUUAGGAUUACUGAAAAAGCUGGGAGAAAGGAUGGAUAAAGUGGAAAAGAAUCAACGCCAACAGCGUAAAUCAAAACGCAGUCGCCGCCAUUUUUCCCCGUCGUCCGCUUCAUCAUCCUCGAGAUCGAUCGAUCGUUCUCGGUCACGCAGUCGUCGCACUCAUCGCCGACUAAGUCGGAGAAGCCAGCGGCGGCACCGGUCGCCGUCCUCCACCGACAAUAAUUCGGAUUCGGAUAAAAAUUCGGUCGACCUGAUUGACAUUGCCUCAUCAGAUUCAGAUAGAGGCGAUUCUAGAGAAAGGGGCGUCAAAAACCAGAAAAAUCGACUGCAAAAGCAGCAACCUUUGCCUGAUGGCGUAAGAAAUAAUGUUUUAUUGGAAAUAAAUCAAAACGUCGUCCAAGAUCAGGCAAGAGGAGAUCAAGAGGAUAUGCCAGUGUUGAGGGAGGAGGUUAGAACGAUACUGGUCAAAGAUGGUGCAAGGAAAAAAGAGUUUUCUGCUCCAAUUCAUAAUGACAUAGCGAGUCAUUGGUCUAAUAUUCUGACUAAUGGAUGGGACACAAGCAAUAAACUGGAUAUAAUGGAAAAAUAUCUGCCCCCCGAAAAUUGUAAAGAUUUGGAGCCACCUAAGAUAAACCCAGAGGUGAAGGCCGCUAUAUCUGAGCCGGUCCUUAAGAGAGAUGAAAGGCUUGUUCAGUUCCAACAGCAAGCUGGAGCUGCUUUGGUUUUGGUUGGUUCAGUAUUAUCCAACAUGGUGAAAGAAGAGGGGGGGGGGGCAAUAAAGAAUACAUGGCAAGUUUAAGUGAUGUAGGCCGAAUUUUAGCGGACCUACAUUAUACUUAUUCCAUUUCAAGGAGGGACCUUAUUAAAUUGACUUUAAAUAAGGAUUUAAAUGAGGUUCUUACAGAAAGUCUUAUCCAAGAAGGGCUGUUAUUUGGUUCUGACUUAGAGGGAAGAAUUAGAGCAGCCAAAGAAUUAAGGAAGUCGGGAC